GGUCCCAUGAGACAUUUUGGCUCUGGGGAUCCUGGCUCUGAGCCAUCAUGGCCUGUAAACAACAACAGCGUCAAGUUGAAGUAAACUGGAUCUGAGCGUCGGCCCGCUGUCUGGGACGGGUGGGAAAAUAACCAGAAGCUUAUAGCAAAGUGGUUUUCAACAAUGCGUCGAAGGUGUGUCUGAUUGACAUCCUGCAGCCGGGACAUCAUCCUUUUUACUGGGUAGUGUAAUAGCCAUGUCCACACAGCAGCCCAACAGCUCAGCGUCCAACAGCCCCACCAACGUCCUGGGUUCUCCUUUCACAGUUAUUAGCCCCUCACUCAACUCCCCCUUAGUCUCACCAUCUCUGGGAUUUGGACCCAUCAGCAACAUCCAGAUUAGCUCUUCAGCACCUGUAUCAGGGAUGCACUCCAUCAGCAGCUCCGAAGAUGUCAAGCCUCCAUUUGGCCUGCGUCCCAUGCCAGCUCACAGUCCUGGAAUAAUGAUGUCUCAGAAACGCCUCUGUGUUAUCUGUGGAGACCGCUCCUCUGGCAAACACUAUGGGGUGUACAGCUGUGAGGGUUGCAAAGGUUUCUUCAAACGAACUGUGCGCAAAGACCUGAGCUAUACCUGCAGGGAUAACAAAGAGUGCCUGGUUGACAAACGCCAGCGCAAUCGCUGCCAGUACUGCCGCUACCAGAAGUGCCUUGCCAUGGGCAUGAAGAGGGAAGGUAUGAAUUCGGUCCAGGAGGAACGCCAGAGGAACCGAGAACGUGAGGGAGAGUUGGAGUUCAGUGUCGGAGUGAAUGAAGAGAUGCCAGUGGAGAAGAUAUUAGAAGCAGAGACGGCUGUGGAGCAAAAGACUGAGCUUCACACAGAUUCAGGCUCUGCAGGAAACUCUCCCCAGGAUGCAGUUACCAACAUCUGUCAGACUGCGGACAAACAACUGUUUGCUUUGGUUGAGUGGGCGAAGAGAAUCCCCCAUUUUUGUGAACUGCCCCUUGAUGAUCAGGUCAUCCUUCUGCGUGCAGGGUGGAAUGAGCUCCUCAUUGCCUCCUUCUCCCAUCGCUCGAUCGCUUUGAAGGAUGGAGUUCUUCUGGCCUCUGAGUUGCAGCGGGACAGUGCACACAGUGCAGGAGUUGGAGCCAUUUUUGACAGGGAGAGUGUGCAGAGUGCAGAAGUCGGUGCCAUAUUCGACAGGGUUCUUACUGAGCUUGUCAAUAAAAUGAGAGAUAUGCAAAUGGACAAGACAGAGCUGGGCUGCCUCCGAGCCAUUGUCCUCUUCAACCCAGAUGCUAAAGGACUCUCCAACACUAGUGAGGUGGAGCUCCUUAGAGAAAAGGUCUAUGCAUCAUUGGAAGCCUACUGCAAACAGAAAUACCCAGAGCAGCAGGGAAGGUUUGCUAAGCUCCUCCUUCGACUGCCUGCACUGCGUUCCAUUGGCUUGAAGUGCUUGGAGCAUCUUUUCUUCUUCAAGCUGAUCGGUGACACACCUAUUGACACUUUCCUAAUGGAAAUGCUUGAAGCUCCCCAUCAGUUGUCUUAGAAACAAAACGUGUACUGUGGUUAGGUUUAGAUGGCUGAAGUCUGGGAAGCUGGAGUGGGACUGGAGUGGCACUUUAAGUUCUUUGAAGAUUUGUCAAUUUGUCUCACUGCUGUCUGGGUUACACUUUUAGUGCAUCACAGAUUUGCUCUUUAGACCAAACCCAAGGCUUGGCAUGAUCUACAAGCUGGUGCUAUAUGCUGAAUUAACUUCACAAGUAACUGCGGUUACUAAAGUAUUUUUAAAACUGUCAACAUUUACAAAUAUCUCUCACAGGAGCUAGAAUUUGGAAAUGCAUUUUUAUAAAACAUUUUUUAGACACCUCAGUAAUUGAGCUUCAGUUGUUUCUCCAUGAAUCUAUUUUUUAAAGCAGAAGGCAACCUGGGUAAUGAGUACACAUUAACAACGUAGUCUUUAUACUUUUCAAUUGAAACCAGAUUUGAAAUUAUCCGACUUUACCAAACAUUUGCUGGAACCCGAGUCCAGCAGCAGCUCAGAGUAGACUUGGAUCCAUUGUCAGGAUAUAAACAAAAGAAACAUCCUAACAGACCUGUGAUCGAAGACAAGUCAACCUACCAGCUCUGACGAGUUUGCAUUGAUUGAGGAUCAGCUUUAUGUGUCUGGUUAUAUACAGUUAGUGUUGUUUACUUCUUUGCCAUUUUAUAAAUCUAAUCACGUUGUGGUUAACGAUUAGACUGCACUGCACACUUGCUAUGUACUAUUUUUAAAACAUACUUUGAACAUAUACCUGACUGGUACACGGUUAGGUGUUUGUCUUUUGGUGCUAUUUCAAGAGAUAAUUUGACUUUUUUUUGGUGCAGACGCACACAAAACCAGAAACCUAAGAAAUAUGCAACAAUGAAAAUCCCUUUGUUAAUCUUUGUUCAAAAUGUAGCAAUAUAAAAUGUAAAGAGCUUUCUGCCUGUCAGUCAUUCAGGGGUUUUAAAAAGUAAAUCUUGUCUGGUGGAAAGGGAAUACUCCAGUUGUUAAUUUAUCUAUACAAUUCUAAGGUACUGUGCAAAAGUAAUUGUUCAGGGAAAAUGUAUAUUGAAGAAUCUGAAUUAUGAUUAGGAGAUAAAAAAAAUUAUACAAUUCUCGCCCUUUUUUUCCUUUUUUUUUUUUUAGCUAGAAUAAAGCAGAACAUGUCUUGGGUUGCACUGGAUUUGCUGAGACAGUUUCAGCUGUUUUUUUUUGUGUGCUUUUUUUUUUUUUUUUUUUAAAAGCUCAGUUGUAUAUCCUACCUUUGCCCCCCCCCCCCCCCCCCAUCGUUUUUUUUUUUUUUUAGGUAGCUGUCUUGUUCAUCGUUAUGUCUCUGCAAUUUAUUAAAGGCAAAGUGUAAUCACAUUUAGAUCCAUAACACCUGUGGACAAAUAGGAAUUUUAACAAGACCAAAUGAGGUCUGUAUGACGGCCACGUCUCAACACGAGAUGAGCUGCAUCGAUAAACCUGUCAUCGGCCUCAAAAUGCUCUUGAACAUCAAGUGACUUGAAGCAUGGGUUGUAUGGACUAAAAAAUAAAGAGGCUUAAGUUUU